UUCGAAGUGGAAAACAUUCUGUCUAGCUAGCCGAGGUACUAGCAAGGCGAGAAAGAGAAGGGAAGCUGAUUUCAGCUCAGCAGGAGGCAGAACUUGACAACAUUAAGAGCUGGCCGCAGGACUGAAGGUAGUGAGCUCCCUGAAAUUUGAACUGCGGAAACUCGAAGCUCCUCCAAAAUCCCCGCCUCUGAGCUUCCAACCCCAAGCUUUCCGUGACCGCUCAACAAAAAUUAACUGAAGUCAGUUCACUUAAACCCCCCGUGUGAAGUUUCGUGAUCUAUAACGUGCACACUGAGACUCCCAGGGGGAAUUUUUGAUCCUGGAAGUCAGAUCGCACCCCCCACACCAAACGCGGGCGCUUUUAGCAGAAAGGGAGGGGAGCUUCCUCCAGAGCGGAACCAGGUGUCGCCGGUCAUGGAAGACGUAAGGCGCCCUCGGCUGUCACUUCACACACGCCGGCACUGCCCGCACGCGGAAGUGAGGGCCCGCACGUCGCGAACAACUUUCCGGAAAAGGCGACCGGGCACCCAGACGCCCACGGCCCAGGCAGCCGGCACCGCGGGGCCGGACCACCGAUCCCAGGGGCCCCCGCGGCGCCGCGCACGCGCGCUGGCGUGGCAGCAGCGCCGCCGCAGGACGCAGAGAGGCCAACCCGCGAGUGGCGGCGGCGGCGGUGGCAGCUCGCGGCGAGAGUGACGGCUCCGCGGCCCAGCGGCUGUCUGGCCGAGACCUCGGCCCUCGCCUCCGCAGGCGCCCCUCGUGAUUAGCCUUUGUACCUUUCCACAUUUGAAGAUGGUGAAGCUAGAUAUUCAUACUCUGGCCCAUCACCUCAAGCAGGAGCGCUUAUAUGUAAACUCUGAGAAACAGCUCAUUCAGAGACUCAAUGCGGAUGUUCUUAAAACGGCAGAGAAGUUGUAUCGCACAGCAUGGAUUGCAAAGCAACAGAGAAUUAAUUUGGAUCGGCUUAUCAUAACUAGUGCUGAAGCUUCCCCUGCUGAAUGUUGCCAACAUGCCAAGAUUUUGGAGGAUACACAGUUUGUUGAUGGAUAUAAACAGUUGGGUUUUCAGGAAACUGCUUAUGGAGAGUUCUUGAGUCGAUUAAGGGAAAAUCCUCGUCUUAUUGCCUCCUCUUUGGUUGCUGGAGAGAAGCUUAAUCAGGAGAACACACAAAGUGUUAUUUACACCGUUUUUACCUCCCUAUAUGGCAACUGCAUUAUGCAAGAAGAUGAAAGCUACCUCCUUCAGGUUUUGCGAUACUUGAUUGAAUUUGAACUUAAAGAAAGUGACAACCCCAGACGCCUUUUGAGGAGAGGAACUUGUGCCUUCAGCAUCUUAUUUAAACUUUUUUCUGAAGGACUCUUUUCUGCCAAACUUUUUCUCACAGCUACUUUACAUGAGCCAAUCAUGCAACUGCUUGUUGAAGAUGAAGAUCAUUUGGAAACUGAUCCAAACAAGUUAAUUGAGAGGUUCUCCCCAUCUCAACAGGAGAAACUCUUUGGGGAGAAAGGCUCAGAUAGAUACAGGCAGAAGGUUCAAGAGAUGGUGGAGUCUAAUGAGGCCAAACUGGUAGCUUUGGUGAACAAAUUUAUUGGUUAUCUCAAACAGAACACAUACUGCUUUCCCCACAGUUUGAGGUGGAUCGUGUCACAGAUGUACAAAACCCUUUCCUGUGUAGAUAGACUGGAAGUUGGGGAGGUCAGGGCAAUGUGUACUGAUCUCUUGUUGGCCUGCUUCAUUUGUCCUGCAGUUGUCAACCCUGAACAGUAUGGGAUAAUUUCUGAUGCUCCAAUUAAUGAGGUGGCACGGUUUAACCUGAUGCAGGUUGGCCGCCUUCUGCAGCAGUUAGCAAUGACCGGCUCAGAAGAGGGAGACCCCCGGACAAAGAGCAGCCUUGGAAAAUUUGACAAAAGCUGUGUUGCUGCUUUCCUUGAUGUUGUGAUUGGGGGCCGUGCAGUGGAGACCCCUCCGAUGUCCGCCGUUAAUCCUCUGGAAGGGUUAAGCAGAACUGUGGUUUAUAUAACCCACAGUCAACUUGUUACUCUGGUGAAUUUUAUGAAGAGUGUGAUGUCUGGAGAUCAACUGAGAGAAGAUAGAAUGGCUCUUGACAAUUUAUUGGCAAACCUACCCCAGGCCAAACCAGGAAAAAGCAGCAGUUUAGAAAUGACGCCCUACAAUACUCCUCAGCUGUCUCCAGCAACCACUCCAGCCAAUAAAAAGAACCGAUUACCUAUAGCUACUCGGAGCAGAAGCCGUACUAAUAUGCUAAUGGACCUACAUAUGGACCAUGAAGGAUCAUCUCAGGAAACUAUCCCGGAGGUACAACCAGAAGAGGUGUUGGUCAUUUCCUUAGGGACAGGUCCCCAGCUUACUCCAGGAAUGAUGUCAGAAAACGAGGUCCUAAACAUGCAACUUUCGGAUGGAGGACAAGGAGAUGUCCCUGUUGAUGAAAACAAACUCCACGGUAAACCUGAUAAAACCUUGCGCUUUUCCCUCUGCAGUGAUAAUCUGGAAGGCAUAUCUGAAGGUCCUUCAAAUCGCUCCAAUUCAGUAUCCUCUCUAGACCUGGAAGCAGAGUCUGUGUCAGAACUAGGAGCAGGACCUUCUGGAAGCAAUGGUGUUGAAGCUCUACAGCUGUUAGAGCAUGAGCAAGCAACAACACAAGAUAAUCUUGAUGAUAAGCUAAGGAAGUUUGAAAUUCGUGACAUGAUGGGACUAACAGAUGACAGGGACAUAUCAGAGACAGUGAGUGAGACCUGGAGUACAGAUGUUUUGGGAAGUGACUUUGAUCCAAACAUCGAUGAAGAUCGACUACAAGAAAUUGCAGGUGCAGCUGCAGAGAACAUGUUGGGCAGUUUGCUCUGCCUCCCAGGCUCGGGGUCAGUGCUUCUGGACCCUUGCACUGGUUCUACAAUUUCAGAGACAACCAGUGAGGCUUGGAGUGUAGAGGUAUUGCCAAGUGAUUCAGAGGCUCCGGACCUAAAGCAAGAGGAGCGUCUGCAAGAACUGGAGAGCUGUUCUGGACUGGGCAGCACAUCAGAUGAUACGGAUGUCAGGGAGGUCAGUUCCCGCCCCAGCACACCAGGCCUCAGUGUUGUGUCGGGCAUAAGUGCAACCUCUGAAGAUAUUCCCAAUAAGAUUGAAGACCUGAGAUCUGAAUGCAGCUCUGAUUUUGGGGGUAAAGAUUCUGUCACUAGUCCAGACAUGGAUGAAAUAACUCAUGUCUGCCCUCCUGUUGCAGGCGCCCACCAGCUGACCUCCCCUCCUUCUCAGUCAGAGUCUCUGCUUGCCAUGUUUGAUCCACUGUCUUCACAUGAAGGAGCUUCUGCUGUGGUAAGGCCAAAGGUUCACUAUGCCAGGCCAUCACAUCCACCACCAGAUCCCCCAAUCCUGGAAGGAGCUGUGGGAGGAAAUGAGGCCAGACUGCCCAACUUUGGUUCCCAUGUUUUAACUCCUGCUGAAAUGGAAGCAUUCAAGCAGAGGCAUUCUUACCCUGAGAGAUUAGUCCGCAGUAGGAGCUCAGAUAUAGUGUCUUCCGUCCGGCGACCCAUGAGUGACCCCAGCUGGAACCGCCGUCCGGGGACUGAGGAGCGAGAACUCCCUCCAGCUGCAGCCGUUGGUGCUACUUCUUUGGUGGCUGCACCUCACUCAUCAUCUUCAUCUCCGAGUAAAGACUCCUCAAGAGGAGAGACUGAAGAACGCAAAGAUAGUGAUGAUGAGAAAUCAGACAGGAACAGACCUUGGUGGAGAAAACGUUUUGUUUCAGCUAUGCCUAAAGCUCCUAUACCAUUUAGAAAGAAAGAAAAACAAGAAAAAGACAAAGAUGAUCUGGGGCCUGACAGAUUCUCAACACUCACAGAUGAUUCCAGCCCUAGAUUAAGUGCACAAGCUCAGGUCGCCGAGGACAUUUUGGACAAAUACAGGAAUGCCAUUAAACGGACCAGCCCCAGUGAAGGAGCAAUAGCGAACUAUGAAAGUACAGAGGUUCUGGGUGAUGGUGAAAGUGCACAUGAUUCUCCUCGGGAUGAAACGCUACAGAACAUCUCUGCCGACGAUCUCCCUGACUCCGCCAGCCAAGCAGCCCACCCUCAGGAGUCUGCUUUUUCUUAUAGAGAUGCAAAAAAGAAACUGAGGCUUGCCCUUUGCUCUGCGGAUUCCGUAGCCUUCCCAGUGCUGACGCAUUCAACAAGGAAUGGGUUACCAGACCAUGCAGACCCCGAAGAUAAUGAAAUUGUAUGCUUCUUGAAAGUUCAAAUAGCUGAAGCAAUUAAUUUGCAAGAUAAGAACUUAAUGGCCCAACUGCAAGAAACAAUGCGUUGUGUGUGCCGCUUUGACAAUAGGACGUGUAGAAAACUGCUGGCAUCUAUUGCUGAGGACUACCGGAAAAGAGCGCCAUAUAUCGCCUAUCUCACUCGCUGUCGACAAGGUCUGCAGACAACACAGGCUCACCUGGAAAGGCUGUUGCAAAGGGUUUUGCGGGACAAAGAAGUAGCCAAUCGAUACUUUACCACCGUCUGUGUGAGGUUACUGCUUGAGAGCAAAGAAAAGAAGAUCAGGGAAUUCAUUCAAGACUUUCAGAAACUCACAGCAGCUGAUGAUAAAACUGCUCAGGUAGAAGACUUUCUGCAGUUCCUGUAUGGUGCCAUGGCCCAGGAUGUCAUAUGGCAAAACGCAAGUGAAGAGCAGCUGCAGGAUGCUCAGCUGGCCAUCGAACGGAGUGUGAUGAACCGGAUUUUCAAGCUGGCUUUCUACCCUAAUCAGGACGGAGACAUACUUCGUGACCAGGUUCUUCAUGAACAUAUCCAGAGAUUGUCUAAAGUAGUGACUGCCAAUCAUAGAGCUCUUCAGAUACCAGAGGUUUACCUUCGGGAGGCGCCCUGGCCAUCUGCACAGUCAGAAAUCAGGACGAUAAGUGCGUACAAAACGCCCCGGGACAAGGUGCAGUGCAUCCUGCGAAUGUGCUCCACGAUCAUGAACCUCCUGAGCCUGGCCAACGAGGACUCUGUCCCUGGAGCUGACGACUUCGUCCCCGUGCUGGUGUUUGUGUUGAUAAAGGCAAAUCCACCCUGUUUGCUGUCUACUGUACAGUAUAUCAGUAGCUUUUAUGCCAGCUGUCUGUCUGGGGAGGAGUCCUACUGGUGGAUGCAGUUCACAGCAGCAGUGGAAUUCAUAAAAACCAUCGAUGACCGGAAGUGACCAAGACUAAGGCCCACCAAAGAGGCAGACUGUCAGUUGGGCAAAUAGAUCUCUAAGAGAAUGAGCCAGCUGCUCUGAAGGCUGAAGAUUGUUUUUGUAUAGUACUGUACAGCAUUCAGACAUUUUAAAAUAGAUCUUUACUAAACAGAUGAAUGAGCUAACAAGCAGGUUCUCUUUUCUUUGGGCUCUUUUCCUUUCUGGGUUACAUAUUUUCUUUCCUUGUCCCCACGUAGAAAAUACUACUGCAAAAAGGGACCACUUUUUUGGGUAUUUUGAAAUAUUUUUAAAAAACAAAAUCUCAUAGAAAAUUCCUAGACUUCCAUUCAUGGAUACCUGUUCUUUCCUUAUAUUUUAAAAAAGAACAAUACACCUCUUUUAAGAUGCUGUCUUACCUGAUUUGCAUCUAAUGGAAGCAGAGUACCAGCCGCACCGAGGAUUGUAGUAGUGGUGCAUUAGUGGCAUUAUCUAUAAAUACACUCACCUAAAUGGAGAAGCUAAGAAAGAAAUGUAAAUAUAAUAUAUAUUUAUAUUCGAUGUGCCAAGGACAUCUCAGAUACUAAUAAACAAGGAAUAUUGCUGAUGGUAGGUUGUGACAUACUGUCUUGUGAAAUGGUUUCCUUGACAAAAUUUAAGCUGAGCUUAAAAGCAAGAAACAGAAAUACACAGAAGUAUUUAUUAACAUGGACUAGUUUAUUGAACUUUGUAGGUGUGGAACUGGAUCCAUACACAGGGCUGCCUUUGAUGAGGAGUGUAAAAGUCGCAGAGUAAGUCACUUGGACAUGUCUCACCCUGGAAGUGUCUGGACUCUCCAAUGGGCAUGCGUUACGUAAGGACAAUAGACACCUAAUGUGUUAUGGUGGCACUUCUCAUCUGAAAUACUAACCAUACUGUAGAAACCCCAGACAGAGCUCCUUACAAACCUUUAAUUGUAAUAUAUUUUUGAUGAUUAUUCACAUUGAAUGCACAGACCAGGAAUUCAGUGAAUGUCAUUUUUUUUAAACUAAUUUGUAUUGUCUACUCUAGUGAUACAAGUUUACUAGUGAUGAACUAUUUUAAUCAACCACACUACUCUUAUGGGGAAAAGUCUAUUUUGGCAGGUUUCUGUGCCUUUAUUUCCUUCUUCUGGAAAGAAGCCCGUGUUUCAGUAGUCUGAUUUGUGUUGUGUAUCGAUUGUUAUCAGGAGUGGGUUUUGGUGCCUGAGCCACUGGCCAGGGAGACACAGCAAAGCUUCAAGCACAAGUCAUGUACAUGGGCCACCCGGGCUGGCCUCACUCAGCUUCUCAGGCCCGGGGCUGCGUCCCUUGUUGUUGGCGGCAUUUCCAGACUUUUCUAAGGGAGCCAGGGCACGCAGCCUUGAGUGGGUGAGUGCAGAGCCAUUUGCCCCUUUCAUAAAGAUCUGUGUUUCCUAAGGCCUAAAGAAGCUGGGUUUGCUUUAUGCCUCCACCUCUUCUCACUCAUUUAUUUAAAAAUACCAAAAGUAAUACGUUGUAUGGGAGUGUGGGAUGUGGUUUCUGUCUUAUAGGAGAGAUCAGACGUAAACCAGUACUACAGAAUGUCCAUUUGAAUGUCAAGAGAGCCGUGCACAGGAUCAUACUGCCGUGUCAAACCUGUCCAGGUACUAGAAGUCAGAUUCCAUCAUCAACACAAGACAGGCUGUGACAUGGUACCUGAGACCUAGACGGGAGUCCAUGUACUUCAGCCUUGAUUCAGUAAAUAUUCAAUCAACAGUAGACUCUGGGUAGCUGAAAUGCACUGUUACGGGAUUUAGCUCAUAAAUCAAUGAGUGUUUUCCUCCACAAGGGUUGCUAAAUAUAUUUCAUGUUACCACUGUGGAAAUAAAUGCAGAUUGGACAUCGCA